AUGCCUCCACAGAGUCUUGGCCGAAUGCAAAAACAAUUCGCUAUACCGCCGCCGGAGUGGUUCGUCACAGCUCCCGAGAUUGUAGGGCCACAGUCCCAAUCAGAGCCAAAACCGCCAGCCGUGCCACAAACUCAGAGCCAAGAUCCAGCCGAUAUAGUCUUCCGGUCGCGGAACAACAUAGUAAUCUCCUGGAGAAAUGCCAAUACCCUGUGGACCAUGUGGGGAGAAGGCUACGACGAUCUUCUCGCCACCUACCUCUCAGGCAACGAUCCUGGCGGGUUUGAUGCGAGUUGGGAUUCGCAGUGGUCGAAGGAGGAAUUCGACGUGAGACACUUGCAUCAUGCGAUGGAGUUGGCACGGGAGGUAGGGGUGUGUAGGGCAAAAGUGGAGAAAGUUCUGUCAAGGCCGCAGAAAUUAGGGCUGGAGCCGAUGCCGUGGCAGUGGGAUAGGUUUCCUGAGUCCCUUGAUCCAGGCAAGGACUUUUCCGAUAAUGAGGAAGAAAUGAUGGAGGCGAUUGCAGAUGCGCCGCAUGAGGCUGUGGACGCAUGGCGGAGUGCCCUGCCUCCAGCAGCGACGGAGUUUCAGGACGAAGUGACGGGUGCAGAGUUUACUCGAUGCGCAUUGGCCUAUUGA